AACCCACAACUUCUAAACCAACGCGGGCGGUCAAUCGUGCGCUGAAACCGAAGCGGAAUGUUCCCGCAGCGCGCGAAGGCGGACUUCCCCUACGUCACUUUGGAUGAAGAAGAAGCGCUCAGCUGAAGUCCACGCAGAGCAGAGGGGAGGCUCCUCCGGCAGAGACAGCAUCUCCCGUCAGAGCGGUGAAAAAUUAACACACCCGGGACAACAGCAAGUUGUUGGUGCAGUUUCAGUCCCCGUCAUGGCUGACCACCUCCUGCACUACAGCGACUCAGCCGGGGUCGGGAACAGAUUCGCCCGCAAAGGCGCUUUGCGGCAGAAAAAUGUGCACGAAGUGAAGAACCACAAAUUUACUGCGAGGUUUUUCAAGCAGCCGACGUUCUGCAGCCAUUGCAAGGACUUCAUAUGGGGAUUUGGGAAACAAGGAUUCCAAUGUCAAGUGUGCUGUUUUGUGGUCCACAAGCGGUGCCAUGAGUUUGUCACCUUCUCCUGUCCUGGAGCCGACAAGGGUCCUGACACAGACGAUCCCAGAAGCAAGCACAAGUUCAAGAUCCACACAUACGGCAGCCCCACCUUCUGUGACCACUGUGGUUCGCUGCUGUACGGGCUCAUCCACCAAGGGAUGAAAUGUGACACCUGCGACAUGAACGUGCACAACCAGUGUGUGGUCAACGUGCCCAGCCUGUGCGGGACGGACCACACGGAGCGCCGGGGUCGCCUCUUCCUCAAGAUCGAGGUCAGCUUGGACCGGCUACACGUCACAGUGGGUGAAGCCAGGAACCUAAUUCCUAUGGAUCCAAAUGGUCUAUCAGAUCCUUAUGUUAAACUCAAGCUCAUCCCCGACCCAAAGAACGAGACCAAACAGAAGACCAGAACCAUCCGUUCGUCCCUCAACCCCUGCUGGAACGAGUCCUUCAGCUUUAAGCUAAAAGCAUCAGAUAAGGACCGCCGUCUGUCCAUUGAGGUGUGGGACUGGGACCGGACCACCCGAAACGACUUCAUGGGCUCCAUGUCCUUCGGAGUGUCCGAGCUCAUCAAAGCUCCCAACUGUGGAUGGUACAAGCUGCUGAACCAGGAGGAAGGGGAGUACUACAAUGUCCCCAUCCCUGAGAUGGACGACGUCAACCUGGAGCUCAGACAGAAGUUUGAGGCCUGUCAGUUAAAUAUCCACUAUCUCAAGAAAGCCAAGCUGGGCCACGGUAAGAAAGUGAUCACGCCAUCGGACCACCGGCGGUUCAGCCUGCCAUCAGGUAACAUGGACCGCAUCCGACUGAACGACUUCAACUUCCUGUCCCUGCUGGGGAAGGGAAGCUUCGGCAAGGUGAUGCUCGCGGAGAUGAAGUCGACGGAGGAGCUGUACGCCAUCAAGAUCCUGAAGAAGGACGUGGUGAUCCAGGAUGACGACGUUGAGUGUACGAUGGUGGAGAAGAGGGUCUUGGCCCAGAGGGACAAACCGCCCUUCCUCACGCAGCUGCACUCCUGCUUCCAGACUGUGGAUCGGCUGUACUUUGUUAUGGAGUACAUCAACGGCGGAGAUCUUAUGUAUCACAUCCAACGUAUGGGCAAAUUCAAAGAGCCACAGGCAGUGUUUUACGCUGCAGAGAUUGCAGUUGGUUUGUUUUUCUUACACCGAAAGGGAAUCAUCUACAGGGAUCUGAAGCUCGACAACGUGAUGCUGGACUCCGAGGGCCACAUCAAAAUCGCCGACUUUGGCAUGUGUAAGGAGAACAUGUACGAAGGCAUGUCCACGCGCACCUUCUGCGGGACCCCGGACUACAUCGCUCCAGAGAUCAUAGCGUACCAGCCUUAUGCAAAAUCAGUGGACUGGUGGGCUUAUGGAGUUCUUCUGUAUGAGAUGCUGGCAGGACAGCCCCCGUUUGAUGGAGAAGAUGAAGAUGAGCUCUUCCAGUCCAUCAUGGAGCACAACGUGUCCUACCCCAAGUCCAUGUCUAAAGAAGCUGUUUCCAUCUGCAAGGGACUGAUGACCAAGCACCCGUCAAAGCGCCUGGGCUGCGGCUCGGAGGGGGAGAGGGACAUCCGGGAGCAGGCCUUCUUCAGACGCAUCGACUGGGAGCGCCUGGCCAACAGAGAGAUCCAGCCGCCAUUCAAACCCAAAGUGGGCGGCAAAGGAGCAGAGAACUUUGACAAGUUCUUCACGCGUACGCAGCCCGUGCUGACGCCUCCCGACCAGCUUGUCAUCGCCAACAUCGACCAGAGCGAGUUUGCGGGCUUCUCCUACAUCAACGCUCAGUUCAUCCAUCCAUCCCUGCACAGUGUCGUAUGAGAGCAUCCUUCCGGACUCACAACGCACGACCCCGCUGUCAAAAGACUCCGAUCAUCCUCACCAGUCGGUCUACUGCUUAUCGAUAUCCGUGCACCGGGGGGGGUAGGGCAGCGGUGUGGAAAGGAAAAGGACAAGGCACUGAUAUUUUUGCAUUAUUUCCCCCCCCUUAGCGUCCCUUAUUCUUUAUUAUGUACACAAUCUGUGUUUAUCCAAACCUGCAGCCUUUUUUCUUGUGUAUGAAUGUGUCUGUCAGUUGAAUAUGUUGAGUUAUAAGAUCACAUCACCGCGCGGCGAGCUGCAAUGCACGGCGAGAACGGACAUAUUUUUCUGCUCUUUAUCUACUUCUGAACCGCUACACGUGUAUUUUAUAUUUAUAUACUUAAAAAAAAGAGGUAGUGUACUGUUACAUGAGUGCCAAAGUAGAAGAUGAGAAAAAAAAACACAUUCAAAUGCAGUUUUGUCCUCCCUCUGGCCUUCCCAGCACACUAAAACCCCCGUUUCUAUGUGUUGCUUUAUAGGGUGCGGAGCUACCGUUUAUCAAACUCAACACAAAAGCACAUCCUGCCUUUUUACCGCGGUGGAGUUCAGUUUAUGGGGUCAGAAAACUGUGGAUCAAAUAGACAGUGUUUUUACGUACAAACAUGCUAUUCCCAUAUGCACAAAGCAGAUCUCUGUUGCAUGCUUUUUUUCUGACUCUGUAUGAGCCGUAGACUCUAGGAUGCAGUACACGUCUGGUUUCAUUGUAAAGUUUAGUAUCACAAUAUAAACUAUGUUAAUAUAUAAUUGUUGUAUGUUUUGGAUAGUGUUAUUCUAAAGAAAAAGUUUGGAAUUGUUUAAGGAAACAAAGUUUUGUUCUUGUCUUAUGUUGCAGAAACCCCUCAAUUAUAUGUCAACCUUUUGUUUUGUUUUUGUAAAUAUGUUUCAAAGAGAUGUUGCAAAAAGAUCAUUUACUUGCAGAUUUUAUACAACAAACUGAAUGUGCUUUUACUACCGUAGAUUGAAACCUUUCUAUGUUUAGUUUACCCCUAACAAGAGUAUACAUAUACGUUAUAUACAUAUAAAGUUUGGCUGAAUCUUUGGUAGCUUUGGUAUCAGCAAACCUUGUUAUAUGUACUUCCACUAUUUAUCCAUUAUUUUCUACUACUCAGUGUCAUGGCGAAUAUGCAGCACCUACAGUGCGUGAAACGCUUGGAUGCCCUCUUGCCUUGAUCGUCUCGCGGCCGACUCCUUCUUCACAAAUUCGAAAGCCAGUAACGGUGCAGUGGGAGGAUUUCUUUUUUCUUUCCUUCCUGCGUAUUUUGUGUGCAUGCGUGAGACGAGGCCUGAUCAAAGCAUGCAAAAAGCCCCCUGCAUGACACGGAGAUCACAAACCAAGACAAACCAACGGGCACGGUGCGCUUUUCUACUCAUCGUCUCAUUGCGUAGCCCGGCGUGUUUGGCUGACGAGGCUGAAUCAUAAACCAGAGAAAAUAUCUUUAAAAAUGCUUCUGUUGGCUUGUUUGUUCCCUGUUGCCAAUGUGUGGUAUUUUGUUUUUCUUAUUACUGCUGUUACUACUGAGGCACACGACGCCACAACGAGGAUGUUUCAUAAAACCGCCAAACUGACUCUCAGCCCCUUAAUUAGUUACUUGACACGUCCAGCUGUCAUAUGUGGACCAAAUGAGAUUUUCACGGACAAGAGAUACCUGAAUGUUUACAUGUCUCACAUUGAGAAUCUUUAAGAGAGAAGAACACGUCAGGCUGAAGCCCCACUACAGUUAGAGCCACAGGGAUGUUUAUACGUGUCUCCUUUCACUGCCCCUGCUUUUGUUAACCUGAUUCUCCUUGUUCCUCUGUUCAGUGUGGUAUGAUGAUACUGUGUAUAAAUAAAGUAUGAAAAAUAUCA